GAAUACUUUUUGUCCUUUGCACGAGAUGGCGAUUUUCCUUGAAACAAGAAGAGAAAUUAAAUGAUGCGCUGAACGCCGUAAGUUAGUAGUACUACUGUAGUAGCACAGUACAAUCUGAGAUAAGGUUAAACCCCAGUAAUCUAGAAUCUACAGAGGCAUCGUGACUUGGUGAGUAGUACUCCAGAAUAAGAAGGAAAAGAAAAACACUACUAGCUCUGUGAUGACACAGGUAUAAGUGCAGGGCAGCUAGUAGAACAUACACACCCCCUGCCAUUACAAACCACCCACCAUUUUCGUACACCACGCGAGAUCAGGGCACCGAGAGGCCAGCCAUCCGCGGCUCCACGGAACCAAGAAGCCCGAGAGCAGCCAUGGCCGGCGCCUCCGCCACCAGCACCCGCAAGGGCGGCAUCAAGGCCUACUGGAAGCACCGCGGGUACGACCGCCUGGACGCGGCCGCCGCGCAGCGCCGCCCGCCCCUCGCCAAGGCCGAGCUCGGCGCCGGGGAGCCGGCGACCGCGGGGCGGCGGCGCGGGUGGCGCGUCCGGCGCCGCGGCCUCGGGCGGCGGCUCCUGCGCGCGCUCUCGCCGCGGCGGCUGCUGGCGCGGCUCCGGGACGCGUACGUGAGCGCGAUGCUCCGGCUCGCGUCCUCCGCCGCCGUGGGGUACGGCUCCGCCCCCUUCUGCGCCGGCGCCGAGCCCUUCGCGCGGCCGCGGCCGCUCAAGGAGUACGACGAGAAGGUGCUGGUGGAGAUGUACCGGUCCAUCCUGGCGCGCGGCGGCGUCAUCCCUCUCUCCGGCGACGCCGCGCUGGUGGUCGGCCCCGCCCCGAUGGCGAUGCCGGCCGCGGCCACGGUGGCCUGACAGCCCGCCCGCCCAUCGGCCGCCGAUCCGCGCGGCGCGGACGCUGGCUUGUCACGCAGUUUGCACCUCUGUUUCGCCGCGCACAACAUGCGAAGUGUGCUCCUGUCUAGCGUGUAUGGUAGAAGCUCUGUGGUACUACGUCUUUGCUGCAAUUUGCAAAAUGGUCUACUGUUACAGGAUUGA